AUCGUGGACGCGCUUCGUGACGUGUCUCGUGUGACCGUAUGUGGAGAGCAGCCAUGUCGGAGGAGGUCGGGAAGGCGCUCCAGUCGGUGGCGGAGCGGGUGAAUCAGGCGGCGGCCCGCCGGCCCAAGGCGCUGCCGGCCGUGCCGCCCCGACUCGUCGCUGUCAGCAAGACCAAGCCGCCCGAGAUGGUCGUGGAGGCCUACCGGCAAGGCCAGCGCGACUUCGGAGAGAACUAUGUCAACGAGCUGGUGGACAAGGCGUCGGACCCUCUGGUCGUGACCUCGUGUCCAGACAUCAAGUGGCACUUCAUCGGCCACCUGCAGAAGAACAACGUCAACAAGCUGCUGGGUGUGCCCAACCUCUUCCUCCUGGAGACGGUGGAUUCGGCCAAACUGGCCGACCAGGUGAACCGCUCGUGGCGGCGCGUCCGAGGAGCCGGCGCCCCGAGGUUAAAGGUCAUGGUGCAGCUCAACACCAGCGGAGAGCAGACCGCGCUCACGCCGCCGUGUGUUGCAGGUAAACGGGGGCUGGCCCCGGAGGAGACGCUGGCCACGGUGGAGCACAUCCUGUCGCGCUGCGCCGCGCUGCACUUCUCCGGCCUCAUGACCGUGGGGCGCUCCGGGUACGACCUCUCGCUGGGCCCCAACCCCGACUUCCAGAUGCUGCUGAGCCGGCGGCGGGAGGUGUGCGCCGGGCUGGCGCUGCCUGAGGAGGAGGUGGAGCUCAGCAUGGGCAUGUCCUCCGACUUUGAGCACGCGAUCGAGGUGGGCUCCACCAACGUGCGGGUGGGCAGCGUGAUCUUCGGCAACAGGGAGUAUCCCAACAGCGCCGCCAACACGCCCAACCCAAGCCCCGCCCCCAGCCCCGAGAAGACCAGCAAGAAGGUCUCCGAAGAGGCCGCCCAGAAGAUGCAGCACCUCACCGUGUCUGAACACUAAGAAGACGCCCUGAAGACACCUCCCUGAGAGAGGAGGAGGCGUCCUCUGAAGACACCUCCCUGAGAGAGGAGGAGGCGUCCCCUGAAGACACCUCCCUGAGAGAGGAGGAGGCGUCCUCUGAAGACACCUCCCUGAGAGAGGAGGCGUCCUCUGA